ACUAUCUCGAGACCCUCAUCGCGCAACCAGCACCAAUUCCUUCAACCUUGUGUCGACUUGAGAUCAACCACCCCGAAAAAUCUUCAAACACCACCUCACCGUGCCUGCGUGUAAGAAAAAUCAAGAUGCCAACCAUGUGGCUGUCCGACAAUCAGAAGAUAGGCGUCAUCUUCUGCUCCGCCGGAGCUCUCUUCCUCUUCGGCGGAGUCCUCAUGUUCUUCGACCGCUCAUUACUUGCUAUGGGCAAUAUCCUCUUCCUGAUCGGCCUCACCCUCAUCAUCGGCGUUGAAAAGACCUUCGCCUUCUUCUCGCGUCGCCAGAAACUCAAGGGCACCGCCGCCUUCACCGCGGGCAUCCUGCUCAUUCUCUUCCGCUGGCCGCUGACAGGCUUCAUCAUCGAGCUCUACGGGCUGUUCAUCCUCUUCGGCGACUUCUUGGUUACUAUCGGCCAGUUCGCGGGGAAUAUUCCCGUGGUGGGGCCGUAUAUUAGGACGGCGUUGGAGGCGCUAGCUGGUGGAAGGCGGAAUGCUGAGUUGCCGGUAUAACGGGAAAAAAGCAAGGCUAAAUAUGAGAACUUUUCUUUAUCACCCCCGGUCUUCCGCGCUUUGACGCUGUGGAAAGCACGGUUUGGGUUCUUGGGCGCCUUGGCUACUUACCUUGGGCUUUUGCUGGGUGUAGCAGCGAUGGGGAGACCGACUCUACAUGCGAGCGCGUGAAUAAUGUUAACGUGUGA